AUGUCGGUCAACGGAGGCGGGUAUAGGCGCGCAAGUCGCAAAGGGGCGCCGCGCAAGUUCAUCUGCGAGCAUCCCGGCUGUGACAAGAUUUACUCCAGGGCUGAGCACCUGCAGCGUCACCAACUAAAUCACAACCCCAAGGAGAUCUUUCGCUGCGACGUGGGCGACUGCGACCAGAAGUUUGUCCGCCUGGACCUGCUGUCCAGGCACAAGAAGCGUCACACCGCGUCCUACACCCCACGCAACCGCAUCCCCAGCUUCGACACGUCCGUGGACCGCAGCCCCGAGACAGAGCAGGAUGUGCAUGUCUCAGCGGCGACAUCGCGGCCGUCGUACGGGCAUCACACACAUCCGCACUCGGGUGGACCGCACGAUGCGGCCAUUCUGCUGACACCAGAGUCACACACGGAGCCGACGCCAGCGUCGCUCGGCCACGGCCUCCACGGUCGGCCAAGCCAUCAGAGCACCGUCUGGCCAGCGCCAAUGGACGAACAAUCCCAGCCGCCUAUGAUGCGUCACCGGAACAGCUUCUAUGCUAGCGACCCGACAGUGAUGCCAGAACCGGCCACCCUGAUGCCAUUUCCUGCCGGUUCCUACCCUCCAGACAGCCAAAUGAACCAGGGCAACUUUGCUGCCUGGCUCUUCGAUACCCAAACGACCUACGGUGACUUUAGCGUCGCCAAUCUUCCCUUCCUAGACGGCGGCUUGGAGUCGACGUUCAACAACACGAUACAGUACGACUAUGAGUCGCUCAACAGCCUCUCCCCCAUCGCACCGACGCCGCCGCGGCACUUGGAUGCACCAGAUGAAUGGAUCACAGAAGGAAGGCGCAAGGAGCUCUUGCAAUGGUUCCAAAUCUUCCGCAAAAAGCAGCCCAAAUACGACCCCCUCAUGACGACGCUGACGCACGAGAGCGGCGGUGACCUGCCGGCGCUGAAUGUGGACAUGCUACGAGAAUGUCUCAAGGAAUUCUGGGAUAAUGUAUCGCCGCGACUUCCGAUUGUGCACCAGCACACAUUUUCAGCAAGUCGCUGUUCGGUAUUUCUGCUUCUGGUCAUGAUUGCUCUAGGUGCCGCUUCGCUGAAGAACCGAGAUGGGACAGGCCAUCUAUCGGAAUACGGCGCCUUUGCAGACGUCAUCAUUCACUCCGUGCGAUGGGAGAUUCUGACCUCGGACGACUCCGCACCUCCUGCAAACCUCUGGGUAGCACAAGCUCUUCUCCUAGUCGAGUUCUACGAGAAACUAUACUCGUCAAGACGCUUUCACGAAAGAGCGCACAUCUACCACUCCGCCUUUCUCACGUUGCUCCGGAGAGGCAGCCCAUUAAUCGGCAGAACAGGCAGCGAAUCCCCAGCCGAGCCGGAGAGCCUUCAAGAUCGGGGCCCAUCUGGCAUGCCUCUCGACUCGCAUACCUGGUGGACGCGCUGGGCGGAGACAGAGUCCAUGCACAGAGUCGUCUUUGCGGCUUUUAUGCUCGACAUUAUCCACGCCGCCAUCUUUGGCCACGCCGCCGACAUGGCCGCGCACGAGAUCCGCCUGCCGCUGCCCUGCGACGACAACCUCUGGGUCGCCAACAGCCCGGACGAGGUGCGCCAGCUCGACGCCAACUUUCGCAUGUACGGCUUCCGCCAGGUCUCCUUCCUGGACGGCCUCAAGAGCGCGCUGCACGGCAAAGAGGUCAAGACGCACUCCUUUGGCCGCAUGAUUAUCAUCUCGGGCCUGUUGAGCGUCGGCUGGCACCUCAGCCACCGCGAGACGCAUCUCAAGUGGCUCGACCUGCGCACGCCGUCGACCGAGGUCCAGGACAACUGGCGCAAGAUGCUUCUGCUCGCGUUUGACAGCUGGAAGGGCAGCUUCGAUGGCGCCAUGUCCGGCUCCAUGUCCGAGUCACCGGCCCCGCACCACCGCGGCGGCGGUGGCGGAGGAGCGCUGAAGCAGCGCGGCAUCUCCAACGGGCCCAUUCACAGCGCGCCGCUGCUGUUUCACCUCGCGCAUAUGACGCCCAACGUCGACAUCAUUGACUGCCAGGUGUACGCGGGCGCGAAGCGCAUUCUCGGCCGCAAGGUCUCGGCGCGCGACUACGCCAACGCCAUGAAGCGCAUGGUGGCCUGGGCCAAGCUCGGCUCGACGCGGCACGCCAUCUAUCACGCCUUCAAGCUGCUGCACAGGGUCCUCGUGGAACCGCAGCAGGGACGGCAGCAGCAGCGGCGGGGCAGCGGUGGAAGCGGGCAGUACUCGAUUCGUGAUGAGCCAGAUCCGCAUCGGCCGUGGAUCAUGUACUUUGCCGUUCUCACGAUUUGGUCGUUUGUGCAGGCUCUGGGCCGCUCGACGGGGAAGCCGCUGUCGCUGCAGUCGCCCAACAUGGCGAGCACCACGCACGGGCGCAUGGCUGAAUACCUGGCCCGCGUGGCGGCGCUGCCGGAGCUCGACGAGCGGUCGGCGGGCCUACUCCACGAUGGACUGCCGGACUUGCUGGAAGUCAUGGUGGGGAUCCUGGACGAGGUCGAUACGGAGCUUCUCGUCGAGGCGCGCGAGAGGCUGCGCGUGUGUAAACAGAUGAUUCUCGGAGGGCCAAGUUGA